AUGAGCGUCUCUCGCAGGAUUUGGAUAUCUGCCACUGUCAACUCCCCUGCUUCGUUUCUCUACCAGACCCGCACGCUGACGACAUCGCUAUCACCUUCGUAUCAGCAGCCGCUCGGUCGGCGACUUCAUCGUCCUUACUCAACACGCGACGGGGCCUCCGAGAAGAACAAUGAUCCAGAUACCGAUCCCUCGGUGACCAAGGAUGGUCAGAGCCAAGAUGCUGCCGAGAAUUCUCCAGCCCCGAGGCGAAAGAGCUACAUCCACCAGCGCGCUGCUGCACUCUCACCCGGACUGCCGAGACGCCGAAAGGAGUCAGCUGGACCGAGGCCACUGAAGGCUAUGACUCCUCAAGAAAGAGAGACAUUUGGGAAACUGCUGGGGCAGCUUGGUGUUACACCAAGUGCGGGCGAGACAGACCAAAAGAAGCGGCCGCAAAAGAACGCGAAGUCAAGCGAAGAAGGCCCUGGUGAUCUCUCAAACCUCAGUGUGAUGUUUGAGUCCGUACUCAGUGACCGCCGGCUGAUGAAGAAGUUUGAAGCAAAACCAAAGAAGACAACCGAGUCAGAGGAGCCCCGACGCUCCUGGGGCGAGGAAAUGUCCUCGUCUGAGACAUCAGAGCAGCCGGAGGAGGACUUGGAGCCCAUGCUGGACGGUCUGACGUACAGUGACCUCGGCUUCGCUGACCCAGCGACGGGCAAUAGUGCAGAUAUCAUGCUCUCGGUGAAAGACGCCAUUGAGAUGGUUGUGAAGCGGGAGGCAGCCAAGAUCGAAACGGCUCUUUUCCUGGCCAUUGAGGAGGGCAAAGGCGACAUGGGGGUUUGGGAUGUUUGCAAAGAGCGCAUUUUCACGAUGCUGGGUCAUCUAGGCGACGAUGCGCCGGCAACACCAUCCGCCGGCAGCGACUCGCAUGACGGAGCUAGGACAACGUCUUCCAACCGCUCAUCCGGGCCGCUUGACAUCCCUGACCCGGUCCCAGCAGGACCAGUCGUGGCAGCGCUAUACCCCAGAACUCUCCUCAUAGCCUUUCGCCUUCUAAAUACCCACUUCCCUUCAUCGCCACUGGUCAGUCAAUUCCGAUCCACUAUCAAAGCACAAGGCCGCACCUCUGCCGUCCUCGGCUCCUCCACCGACCUGCAUGACGAAAUGAUCUCCUUCCACUGGAACGACUGCAGCGAUCUCCCUGCCGUGGUCUCGCUUCUGCGUGAAAUGGAUCUCAUGGGUCUCAAGCCCAGCCAAAAGACCCGCCAUCUACUGCACGGAAUUCUCCACCAGCGCAAGCGGGAUCUGGCUAAGACCGGCAAGGAUUCUUGGUGGCGCAUACCCCAGAACCAAAAGGCUUUUCAGGAACUCGCUGGGCGGGAUGGUUGGAUGAGGAAGCUGAAGGUGUGA